AUGCCCCAUCGAUCCGGCGCUCAUCACUCCCAUCAUCACCAUGGCGCCGGUAGCGACAGGCUGGCAUCGUUACCGGACGCGAUCCUCAUUGAAAUCUUCGAGGCCGUCAACCGACUCUCCAAGCGCGACCUCUGCGCCGUGUCCCGGCUGAACAAGCGCUACCAUGUCCUGGCCGACGCUGUCCUGUACAAGACGGUGCACUUCCUGACUCCCGAGCUGCACCUCAUCUUUAGCGAGUCGCUCAGCCGCCGCCCUCGCCGCGGCUCCUCCAUCCAGGCCGUCAAGCUCGCAUACCCUGCGUCCAAGCUGUCCAGCCUAAUCUCCCGCGCGCCCAUCCAUGGCUCGCAGAUGCACCAGGACCACCCCCCCUUGCCCUUCGACAGCCUGUCCCGGACCAUAUCCACCAUGUCCAACCUGGAGACGCUCGAUGUGGCCGUGCCCGACACGCUGCUCCACGGCAUGGGCAUGCUGUUCAACGGGCCCUUUGACCUGGCCUGCCUCCAGUCGUGCACGCUCUUCUACCAGACCGAGAACGACCAGUACUGGGACCUGUACGAGAACAUCCACAUCUUUGCCCACCCCACGCUCGAGACGCUCCUGGAGACGCUCGAGUUCUUCAACGAGCUGGGCACGGACCCCGAGGUCACGGACCUGUUCGUCUACGCGCUGGAGAACCUCCCGAUCACGGCCCGGAAGCUCAAGAGGCUCAUCGUCGUGGAGGGGGAGAAUGGUAUCCCCAAGGCGAUCGAGGACGCGGUCAAGGCGCAGCCGCAGCUGAAGCUUGAUGUUAUUGGCAGCAUGGAUGACCGGAGUGACAAUGAGACUGAAGCGACGGAGACGGAGGCGGAGGAGUCUGAGAGAAAUGGAGGAGACACAGACUGA